AUGUCUAGCCCAUCAAAUCAACCCAAAUCUGAGCCAAUAUCCAUAUUAAAACACACCAAUAGCAACAACCACCACAGCAGCGUCUUGUCAUCAUCCAAUACCAAAAGUGCUCGUAUUGUCUUGAGUGAAGAUGAGGACGAUCACCGCUUGUCUGAUGGCGACAAUGACGAUGACGAACAGACUAUGGAGCCCAUGUCGGCAGAGGCUUUGGAACUGCUCGAAACUGAAAAGGUGCUUAAAGCAGGUUACUUGCUAAAGAAGGGCGAAAAGCGAAGAACUUGGAAGAAGCGCUGGUUUGUACUUCGCACCACUAAAUUAGCCAUGUACAAGGACAAGAAGGAAUACAAACUGCUGCGAAUCAUUGAUUUACACGAAAUCCACAAAGUAGUGCAAGUAACAUCAAAGCACAAGUACAAAUUUGUGUUUGCAUUUGUCACUGCCAAAAGAAUGUACUAUGUGCAAGCAAAUGACCAGCAAGACAUGGAUGAUUGGUUCAAACUAGUCAAUCAAGCCAAGGAAGAGCUACGCUUAUACGACGCAGAUGAUGAUACCAGCUCCAUUGACCGUGACCAGGAGUUUGCCAAAGAUGUCAUUACAUUGUACAAAUCAAACCAUGCUGCCAAUGUCAUGCAAAAUCAGCGACGUCAGUCUAGCGGAACAUAUGAUAAUUCAGCCAGAUCUUCUGUAGCAGGAGCAGCGGCAGGAGGAGGAGGAACAACAGCAACAGCAGCAGCAGGAGGAACACUAGCAGCAUCACCUCCCUCUUGGUCAAAUAAUGAAAUUAUUUCUAAAAUUAAACCUGUGGAUAUUCCAAAGCGCAAGAAACAGACGACAUCACCCAACAACUCACACUCGACUCCACUGAGCGAAUAUGCUCUAGGUCACACUUACCCGCUAUCUCCUUCAUCUGAUCACACAAAUCAAAUGAGUGUCAUUGAAGGCAUUGCAAGCUCAGAAGACGAUGAAGAGUACAGUGUGGAUAGAGCUAACAUUCAGUCUGAAGAGAGCAGAAACAGAGUGCUGAUCGAAGGCUAUCUUUUGAAAUUGGGUCGCAAUAAGGGCUGGAGAAAGCGUUGGUUUGUGCUACGCACGGAUACGUUGGCCUAUUACGAGGACGACAAAGAGUAUUCACCACAUCGCAUCAUUCCUCUACACCACAUCAUUGAUUCUUUGGAAAUUGACCCUGUGAGUAAAAGCAAACAGUACUGCUUCAAACUGAUCAUCCCAAAAAGAAGCUAUGUGCUCUGUGCAUCGACAGAGGAUGACAUGGAUGCUUGGCUGAAUGCACUGGUUGUGGCCAUCAGACGAGCCAAGAAAGAGGAAGCAACAAAAUCUCCUUCGUCAACAACGCCUUCUACACCUCAGCCUCAACAACAUCAACAAUUCCAAUCUCGUCAUUUAUCGCAGAUUCCAGAAAACAAAGCAUACGGUAUUCACAGGGUGCACUCUACAACAUCGUCUGCCGACUCCUUUGAAAAUGCAAGCCAUAUCUCUGGUGUGAGUGGUGCUGGCGGUGUUGGCGGUGCUGGCGGUGCGCUUGGUGGGGCUCCCACUUCGGCCACAUUGGUUCAGCUGCACUCAAGGGCUUCAGAAAGACUUGGUCGUGCAAAGUAA